GUAGUCUCUUGGUAGCAAACCUGCACAGGACGUGUAAGGCUGUAAGUGCGACCAAUCCUAGAAGUGACGUAAACACCUGUGACGAGGUGCUGACUCGGUUUGUCUUCCCAACAAGAGCUCUACCAUUCCAAAACACAGACAGAAUUCAUCUUCUUUUUGAAACAUCUAACGGGGGAUAUGUGAAAGUGAGAAACAAAACAUUUUUCUAUGAAGGACAGACGAAGCAGAAGUCGUUCAUACUAAACAUCGAUGUCAAUAAGCCGUAUCACUGUUCUAUAAAAUCACCGUGCGGUUACCAAAUGAUCAACGCUGAUGACGUCAUUAAACGGACUGAUGACUCGAGAAUUUAUAUCAAUACACACGGAUGGACGGACGACGAGUCUGGGAUAGACACUCUUAACAUUCAAAUCACCCAGCUUCGUUAUUCAGCUGGGAAACUACAGACUGCGUCAGGAAACACAGUUUUCCAAACCAUGGUGAACGUUAGUCAGGGUCAGACAGUGGGGUAUACAUUAACCCUUAAAGGCGUAUACGGCAUCUUGCUUUCUGCACGUGACAAAGUUAACAAUGAAAGGAAGGCUCGUAGCAUAGUUCUGUACGACCCCGUUUCCACCAUCACAACAAAAAAACCCCAGCCUCUUGUGAUAACAUCAGCUGUGGAGUCUACUAACUACACCUGGCAACUGGACACCUCGGCGAUAUCGGUGGAAUUCACGGACAGAUUCAUCAACAGCUUGCAGACGACAAACAACUGGCUGGCCCCUGUAGCAGACGACAGUGAUGUCGAUUCUCAGUAUGAUGACCACGAAGGGGAGAUCACCGUCGCUGGAAUCCCUAAUAAGCAAGGAAUUGUUAAAUUUAAGACGGCCUAUGUAGUUAACCCUGAUGGAGACGAGUUGACAAGAGAGCCAGAAGACGGGUUGUUCCAGGACCAAGGGUUGAAAACUGUUGUUCAGCUUCAUCCUCGACUGGUAGACGGUGAUCUGAUUUCUGUGUGGGUCAAGGCAUACGACGUUAAGCGUAACGUGGUUUCAGAACAGGUGCAUGUGCAGAUUGAUUCAUCACCACCCGUGGUCCAUAAAUUAACUUUGGAGGAAGACAGUAACAAGGAAACUAUCUUACGUAUUGAAGUAUCUGACGAAAACAGCGGCAUUGAGAGAAUUAACUGGAAGAUAACCGACACUGCUACAGACAUCUCGUUUGACUCUCACGUGAAGAAAGUUCCAACUCUGGGCGUCACUUCUUGUAGUCAGCUGUCAUCGCUGUCUGAGGCAAAAAGCUGCUACUGCACACCACGUUCCGUGUGUUAUUCAAAAGAGUACAGUCUCAAAUUAAUGAAUGUCCAGAAAGAGAAACCCACUUAUGUGAUUAGCGUGACGGUGUGGAACAAUGCUCACAAUUCAGUGACUAGACAAAAAGAAAUGAGUCCUUCUAUCCAGACAACAGGAGGUGAGAUUACCAAAGGGGAAGAGAAUUCCUUCACAUGGGGUCCAACUUUUGAGAGACUGAAAGGGAUACAAUUUUACAAAUAUGCUUUUGGACCACGAUGUUUCACCAUGGAUGAAGUGGUGUCAGAUUCUCUUAAUAUUAAGGUAACCAAGACAACGGAGACCAGUGUUUCGUGGGUAUCUUACAGUUGUGGCCUUCGACAGCGCGUCACAACCCAUUCAGUCCAAGUGCUCAGGCGUCCUCAGUGUUGGUGUUAGCAGAGCUGACGCCGCACCAGAUCCUGUCAACAUACCAAUAGUGGGGGCGGCAGCAGGCGGUGCUGUAGUUGUCAUAGUUAUCAUCAUCGUCGUGGUCGUGGUUGUAGUUAAACGCCGAAAAGCACAGAACGCGGACUCAGAAUACGAGCACUUGGAUCGAAGUCGACCAACAGCGAACAGGGAAGCGGUCUUCAACAUAGCCUAUGGACUAGAUGACGACUCCAGAAAUGACUCUCCUCAACGACCCUCUUGCACCAACGAGGGUGAUGUCGAUGGACCCUGUAGUAAAUUGGGGGCCGAAGGUGUGCAACUCCCAGAAGGCGUGUAUGACGUCAUUGGCCAUACACGUUUUGAGUCAUCUACUGAUUUCGAUUACCCAUUUAGUUCUCAUACAGAAAAAUAAACUUGUAAAAUAGUUGGUUAUAUCAUAGAACGCUUACGCUAAAGUUGUUUUGGGGGGUUUUGUUUCUGAAAAUUUCAGAUACAUUUAAAAGUUUGUUGAACAGUUAUUCAUUGCUGGAUAAUUCAAUAUUGAACUAUUAGUAUUAUUAGUGGCAGUAUUAGUGAUACAUUUUUAUAUUUU